AUGUUUGUGUGCGGAAUGCGCGCAACUAGCUCGACUUUGUGUAGUCUGGUCAAAUUUCAUUUGAUCUUAAAUCGAUUCGCUUCAUUAAAAUCGGAUUUAUGGGCAUUUGGAGAUUACGUUUCUUCCAGUUCUAAAUUAAAUCUUUUUCUCACGAAUUUGCAAGAAAGAAAUAUUUACGUCCCUCAAACAGGGGAUGUGAUGAUCAACAAUCAUUUGAAUACUGUAGGACUUCAGUUUUUAAUCUUGGAAGCUGUGUGA